UCAUCACUCGCCAUUUGCAAUCUGGUCGUGUGGUCCUGGCUAAAAGCUAUGGAUUCAUACCCAUAUUCGUGGGACUCGCAUCGUAUCCCCGUAGUCGACCCGGACCUGUCCCCUCGAUUCCAUCCCGCCUUCUCUCAUCCUCAUAUUAUCUUAUCAGAUCAAGAUCAAAUCUCCGCCAAGUCUUCCGAGUCAAAUGACCACAAGUGGUCGUGUCAGACUCCCGAGGCCGCCCAGCUCUUCACAAUGAGUCAGCACUUUGCCCCCUCUGAUCUCGUCAAACUCCCUUCGUCAGACAACCAAUAUCUAUACUCGUCGCCUGAGGUCGACUCACAGCAUCAAUUCCACGUGUCGGCUGCCUGCGAUAUCGGACACUGGGUAACCACAAAUCAAUCACACCUUGAUCAUCACCUCGUCGGCGACCACUUCAAGCUGGCUCCAGCUCCUCAGCUGCCAACACCAGGACCCGGACCCGUGGGCAGCGAUGCUGAUGGCGCCGCCACCGGGUUCACCAGUCCUGUCGAGAGCCUCAAGAGAAACGCCUCCAUCGCUGGCUUCGAUAGUUCCCCAGCCAGUGGCAGCGUCGAGUCCCCAGAACACGUUCCUGGCGAUGAUGUCAACGGAAAAGGUGAUGGCGGCAGGCGCAGGCCUGUAAAGAGGGCAUGUAAUGAAUGUCGUCAGCAAAAGCUGCGCUGCGAUGUUGUCCAAGAACCCUUCAAAACGUGCACCCGUUGUAAGCGUCUAGCUCUCGACUGCAAGAUUGAGGACAAUUUCAGACGCGUCGGCAAGAGAUCACGGAAUGCCGAGAUGGAAAGAGAAAUCGUCGAACUGCGCAAGCAGGUCGCUGAGAAGAAAGCCUCUGGCGGUCCUCCCACCACCACAGCCUCUCACGCGUCCAUGGGAUCAUACACCCAAGAUGCUGUUGCUGGACUGUUGGAUCUCAAGGGAGGAACCUAUGACAAGAGUCCCAUCAAUCGACAGGUCUACAAACGUCUCGAAGACGUCACCCUGACGCAAGAGCGUGUUCAAGACUUGUUCAAACGCUUCUUCGCCUUCAAUCAUCCUUUCCUGCCGUUCCUCAACCCCAAUAGGACUCCCGACGAGUAUUUCACCAGAUCUCCUUUGCUCUUCUGGACAAUCCUGACGGUGGGCGCACGCCACUUUUCGACUGAUCCGGAGCUUUUCACCAGGCUUAAUGGACCUAUGAAUCGGUUGCUGUGGUCGACCAUGGCAGAUGUUCCGCAGAAUUACCAUGUGGUGAAAGCUCUUAUACUGCUAUGCGCCUGGCCGCUGGUCACGAGCAGCACUUCCACAGAUUCCACAUUUAUGAUCUGUGGCCUGAUGAUGCAGGUUGCUCUCCAGAUUGGCUUGCACCGGCCAACACACGCUCAAGACUUUUCCAAGUUUCGAAUUGAACUUCGAGAAGUCGAGCUACAAGAUCGUGUGGUCGUCUGGAGUGUCUGUAAUGUUGUCGCUCAAAGGAUCUGCACAGCAUAUGGUCAACCUCCCCUCUCGCGAUAUGACUGGACACUGGGGCCUAAACCGAUUGAAACCAAUCCCAAUUACGAACUUCCCUCCCCAAUAUACAAUCGACUGUUGAUUGAGAAGUUCGUGGACAAGGUAUCAAGAACACUGUACAUGAAUGCCCACGACCCUGUCGGGUUGGCCACCGACGCUGAGAGACCGACUUAUGUCUCGUUCCUCUCGCAUGACCUGGAGGAGCUGGAGCAUCAGCUGGAACGUGACACCUCGCCCAUCACCAAGAUCUACUUGAAAGCAGCAAGCCUCCACAUGCGGUUGAGCGCCUUCUUCUCCCCUCCAACCUUGCAGUCCUACCGAUCCGACAUGCUCAAGUUGUAUAACGCCACGACAGAAUUUCUCGAAACUUGCCUAAGCCUCGAGUCCACCACAAGCGUUUCUGUCCCGGGCUCUGGCUACAGUCAUGGCCUGGCCUUGUCCAAUGCCACCAACUACAUCUUCCACAUGAUGUUGGCCGCAGGGUUUUCACUGCUGAAGCUCAUGCACAACUUCCUGGGACAGCAUGAGCUUGACGUCCAAGGUGCUUCGGAGCUCCUGUCGCGCACUGUCUGGGCUCUACGAACCAUGAGCACAUCGGAGAACGACCUGGCUGAGCGAUUGUCUGAGGUACUGGCUCAGGUGUGGAAGACGGGCAAGCCUACUCCGAUUGCCGCGGGAGAUUCCGAUAUCGAUCAAAGCCUGCAGUUGAAGGUCAGGUGUCGGAUGUCCAUGUCACUGGUGUUUGACUCGGUUUGGCGAUGGAGAAAGAAUGGCCAAUUCCGCGGUGGGAAACCAUCCGAUAUGCGCCAACAAAACCCCGACCUCCAGUUCGACACGCCGGGUCCCGCGCCAUCGUCCAAUGCGGCCGUCGGCGCCACUCCCAACGCCGCCACCACAGCUGCCGAUCCCACGUUAUCGGCGUCGGCCAUCGUCCCAGGCAUGGCAGGCAUGGCAACUGGCAUGGUGGACGACUUUGGCAUGGACUACGGCCAGGCCAGUUACGAUGUCUUUGAUCCGCUCAAUUGGAUGUUGGAUGGCAUUGUUGAUUUUCCUUAUAGUUUCAGCAAUGGCGCCAGCAACACCGAAAUCAUGCCUGGGAUGGAUGCUUUAGGGAAUGGUAUAUAGACUCGGUUGGUAAGAGACGACUAACUGGCAUCAAGAGAUGUCUGGGUAUGGGUAUUGUUUGGGUUUGGGUCUGGUUUUCGGAUAUACCAGUUAUAAAUAAGCGCAUUAUCAUGACUUGAACGCCCUAAUUUUCUUGAAGAAAGUCAUGCACUCUACUGCUAGCUAUGGUCUAUCCUUCAGUUUACUUUGAGAUAAUAAUACUCAUGACGUUUGACGCGAACAACAACC